AUGACUACGGUUAAUUCGCCGUGGGAUCCAGGGCAGGACGGGCUGACAGUGAGAGGUGUACCUGUAACGUUUAACCAUUUCAUCGAGAAGGUCUUGCUAGAAAGGCAAUUUCUAUGUAUGGAAAGUCGUGACGAAGCGAUCGUUGAUGAAGAGGAACAGAAACUGACGACCUGGGCGAACAAAGAAUUAGGAUUCGCGAGGUUUGCGGGAGGAUAG